AUGUCAACCGUGCAAAUCUACUACGAACCGCCCGAAGACUCCAACUGGCUCGAGGCCUUCUACGGAGACAACGAAAGCAUGGACCGAAGGACACUUGAGAUCCAUCAGGUUAAAGUCCACCGGGUGGUCAUCACUCCCAACAUCACCUACCACCCCCACAAAGCCUUUCGACCCGAACAACAACGACUCCCCCAGUUCUCCCGAAGUUCCUCCCUCGAUUUGCGAACGCUGGGUCCAAUGAAGCUGGAGCACGAACCCCCAAUCCCGACACUCCGCAGCGAGUCAUCUAUUCAUCGGCUGUACAGUACAAUCCGCCGACACGCGCCAAGGCAGACAUUCGCUGAGUUCCUAUACGAAGAAGGAGACUCAGCCUCACCACCCACUACUGCGACUGACUCGGAGUACGAAAAUUGUUUGCUCCCAUACUGUGGAGCCUUACCACGGCCCUCCGGGGAAUCAUCUAUCGCCGCCGCCGCUUCCUCACCAUCGCCCUCUUCGGCUACCAACCCUGAGCUCCAGCUGUUGCCUGUUGUAGUUAUGCAAGUUGUAUCGAGCAAGACCCACAAAGCAUGUCGGGCCUUGAAGAAGAGAUUUCUUCAGUGA